CGCAAUUCCAGCGCCACGUUCACAAUCGAACGCACAAAACUCCGAUCAGAAUGAUGAUGCAGCCGACGACGGUAUUCCUUGUCUUCUGCAUGCUGGUGAACUCCGUGCAUGGGGUCCAAUUCGACAUCCCCACGCGUGUGGAGAAGUGCCUGAGCGACGAAGUUGCUAAGGACUCCUUUGUCCUCAUCCAGUACGACGUCCUCGGCAACGCGCAGGGUCGCACGGGAGUGUCGGUGAUGAUCCAAGAUCCGCUGGGCAAGUACAUCAAGGAAGACUCGGAUGUAGACGUGUCUAGCGGCGACUUGCACAAGUUCUCCUUCAAUGCCGGCACCGCGGGAAGCUUCUCGACGUGCUUUUUCAACUCGAACGAGUACACCGUGCGCGUGUCGCUCGACUUCAAGCAUGGUGUCGAAGCCAAGGACUACUCGGAGAUCGCCAAGCGCGAGCACCUUUUGCCGGUGGAAAAGGAACUCCGCAAGAUGGAAGACACGGUGGACGAGAUUCACCGAGAGAUGCUGUACAUGCGGGAGCGGGAAGCGUCGAUGCGCGACACGAACGAGUCCACGAACGCCCGCGUGCUCUGGUUCAGCUCGUUCUCGAUCUUCGUGUUGCUGGCAAUGGGGUUGUGGCAAGUCAUCUACCUCAAAAAGUUCUUCAAGUCCAAGAAACUCAUCUAAACGACGUCGUAAUAUAUAUGGCGGACGGAUUUUAUUAUAUUGGACCAAAUAUAUAAAUAUAUAUAGGAU